AUGUCAAGCGGUGGUUGGAAUGUGAAUGCGGAAACUUUUGUACCAAAUGUUAAUGCCCGACCGUUUGUGCCCGGUCAGCCGUAUUUUGCUGGUCAACCUUCACCAGCUGCACCUGGUGACGUUCCAGUCGAAGCACCGGCGACGCCUGCAGUUAAGCCUUCUCGCGAAAAAACUGAAGAGGCUGCAGGUGAAGGCGAAAAGGAGGCUUCCGAAACUAAUGAUGUGGUUCUUCCAUUGGCGAAGAAAUUUGAGCGAGUUGCAUACGUGGAUGAUGGAACUCAUAAGGAGCACGUAAACAUGGUGUUUAUCGGGCAUGUGGACGCGGGGAAGUCAACAAUCGGAGGUCAACUGAUGUACCUUACUGGAAUGGUUGAUAAACGUACGCUUGAAAAAUAUGAGAGAGAGGCAAAAGAGAAAGGUCGUGAGAGUUGGUAUUUGUCGUGGUGUAUGGACACGAAUGAGGAAGAGCGUGAAAAAGGAAAAACUGUCGAAUGUGGUCGGGCAUAUUUUGAAACCGAGAAGAAGCAUUUUACGAUUUUGGACGCACCGGGACACAAGAGUUUUGUGCCAAAUAUGAUAAGCGGAGCAACUCAAGCUGAUUUGGCUGUAUUGGUAAUUUCUGCCAGAAAAGGGGAGUUCGAGACUGGAUUUGAUCGUGGAGGUCAGACUAGGGAACAUGCAAUGCUGGUUAAGACGGCCGGUGUGCGACAUCUUGUAAUUCUUGUCAAUAAAAUGGACGAUCCUACUGUGAAAUGGGAUGAAAACCGGUUCAACGAAAUUCAAAGCAAGCUCACUCCGUAUCUCCGCAAAUGUGGCUUCAAUCCUAAGACAGACAUGACGUACAUUCCUGUUUCUGGAUUGACAGGAGCGUUCUUGAAAGAUAGACCUCCUUGCGAUCAAGGGGGGUGGUACAGUGGUCCUUGUUUCAUCGACUAUAUCGAUAAUCAUUUGGUUUCUAUGGCUCGUGAUUAUAAUGGACCUGUUCGUUGUAUUGUAGUAGACAAGUUUUCCGAUAUGGGUACUCUUAUCAUCGGUAAAAUGGAGUCAGGUGUCGUUGUUAAAGGUCAGAAUCUUGUCUUAAUGCCCAAUAAGCAAGCUGUUCAAGUCAUUCAACUUUGGUCCGAUGAAGUGGAGACCGACCGUGUUGUGUCCGGAGACAAUGUCAAAUUCAAACUGAAGGGAGUUGAGGAAAAUGAACUUCAAUCGGGUUUCAUUAUUUGUUCUGCGGAUGCACUUUGCAAAGUUGGUCGUGUUUUCGACGCUGAGGUCGUCAUUCUGGAGCAUAAAUCGAUAAUUGCCUCCGGUUAUACGUGUGUUCUCCAUAUUCAGUCUGCUGUUGAGGAAGUUUCUGUAAAAAUGGUUAUCUGUACGAUAGAUAAGAAGACGGGUGAGAAGAAGAAGUCUCGAUUUGUUCGUCAGGACGAAAAAUGUAUUAUGCGGAUUGAGAGCUCCGAAGCAUUUUGUCUUGAGCCUUUCAAGGAAUUGCCUCAGUUGGGCCGGUUUACCCUUCGUGACGAAGGCCGUACCAUUGCUAUUGGAAAGGUUUUGAAAGUUAUUGAGUAA